AUGUCAGCAGGACAAAAAUCUGUUCUGAUCGUCUGUCUUGGGAAUAUUUGUCGAUCACCGAUGGGUGAAGCCGUCCUUGCGCAUAUUGCGCAGCAAAGGGGUAUCGAUAUCAAAGUAGAGAGCGCUGGUACCGCUGGCUACCAUGUCGGCGAGGAGCCAGACGAAAGGACAGUUGACACAUGCAAAAAGCACAAGGUCAAGAUAGACCACACGGCUCAGCAAGUGAAACCAUAUCAUUUCAGGACAUUCGAUUACAUACUAGCGAGUGACAAAUCUAAUCUCUCAAACUUGGAACGUAUGAAACCAGCAGACGCGACAGCGGAAGUGCGGCUCUUUAGCUAUUGGGAUGACAAGAACGUCAUCGCGGAUCCGUAUUAUGGAGGCCAGGAUGGCUUUGACAAGUGCUUUACACAAUGCGAAAGAUAUAGCAACGCAUUCUUAGAUGCCAUUACUGAGGGAGGAUCCAAGAGCAAUCUCUGA